CGGCUCGUGCUGCACCUCGUUCCUCAAGCCGCUCGCAUCGACAUGCCAAGAGGCAAGGGCAAGGGCAAAGGAGCCGUCGUUGCCGAGGACGACACGAAGCUCAAGGUCGCCAACCAGCUCAAGUUGCGGCACAUCCUGUGCGAGAAGGCGUCCAAGUCCAACGAGGCGCUCGAGGAGCUCAAGAAGGGCACCAGCUUCAACGUCGUCGCCGAAAAGUACUCGGAGGACAAAGCGCGCACCGGCGGCAACCUCGGGUGGAUGGUGCGGAACGGCAUGAUGGGGUGCUUCCAGGAGAACGCGUUCAGCAUCCCGGUGUCGACGUGCGCGGCGCCCAUCUACAAGGUGAUCAAGAGCCAGCACGGGUACCAUAUCGUCAUGGUGGAGGACCGAAAGUAGAGCGGCGGGUGUGACUGUCUGUAACGAGAGAUUGCGUUCGCGCGAGAAGCAGGGCUCGCGAGCAACGGCAAGCUGCAUCGACCCGGACGCGAUCGAUCUC